ACAGCGUUGAUCGUCCUAAUUUUCGCGGUCACUGCCAUCCAAACCAAUUACUCGGACAUUGAUCUGCCGGACGAUCACGUCAAGUAUUACUUCAACUCCUUUCCCACGGUAGCCGAAGACUGCCGCAAUAACACCGCUUGUCCGUACAAGGGUAGCCUCGACACCGAAGCUUGUUGGGGUUACGAGUCGAAUUGCAAAGCCGAAAAUUCGUUUUCCGUUGCUCAAUGUCCAGGUGAUCACAAAGGAUGGGUGACCACGAAGAAGGCUCAGCUGGACACGUUUUACGCUCAAGGCGAUUUCGGCUACGUGCGCGACCAGAGGAACGAGAUGUCGAUCUUUUGCGAACCAUUGUUUCUGGAGGACUCGUCCCUGGAGUGCUCGGAACACAUGAGAUUCUGUAGGGCGAGGAACGUAAUGAUAAAUUUCACGGAUCUCUUACACAGAAAGGAACCGAUACGGUACAAAAUGGACGUUUUGAAAGAGGGCCAGAUUGGCGGGUACUGCACAUUGAACGAGAAAAGACUAAAGGACAAUGCGGAUCACAUCAGUCCGCUGCAAUCUUGGGGGCCCGAAUUGCGAUAUUUCCAAAAGUUAAAUCGACCGCCGAUCGUCAACGGCGACUGCGAUAUCGUCAUAGAGAAGCCGACGUACAUCAUGAAGAUAGAUGCCAUAGUAAACAUGUACCAUCAUUUUUGCGACUUUUUCAAUUUAUACGCGUCAUUGCACGUAAACCUCACGCACCCCGCCGCCUUCAGCACUGAUAAUCACAUAAUGAUCUGGGAAAGCUACAGUUACCGUUCUGCGUUCCAAGACACCUUCGUGGCUUUCACGAGGAACCCGCUGUGGGAUUUAAAAACGUUCCGCGGGGAAACUGUCUGCUUCAAGAAUCUCGUGUUCCCGUUGUUGCCUCGCAUGAUCUUCGGCCUCUAUUACAACACGCCAUUGAUCUACGGUUGUGAGAAAAGCGGAUUAUUCAAAGCGUUCGGUGAUCACGUGCUGCACAGACUACGUAUACCUCUUCACGAGAGAAAGAACCAAAGGAUAAGAGUGACUCUGCUGAGUAGAGACACGCUGUAUAGGAAAAUUUUAAAUGAAGACGAGUUGGUGAAAGCGUUGAAGGAGAAUCCGGAAUAUAGAGUUAGAAAGGUAGUGUACAAUAAAAAGGUUCCAUUCAAAAAGCAACUAGAGAUCACGAGGAACUCUGAUAUCUUCAUUGGUAUUCAUGGAGCUGGUCUAACGCAUUUAAUGUUCCUACCAGACUGGGCGGCUGUGUUUGAGAUAUAUAACUGCGAGGAUCCAGGAUGCUACAAGGAUUUGGCACGUUUACGCGGUGUGAAGUAUUUCACGUGGGAGGAUACUUCGAAAUUGGUGCAGCAAGAUCCCGGUACGCAUCCUGAUGGAGGAGCUCACGCGAAGUUCACGAAUUACAGUUUUGACGUGAAAGAAUUCCUCCGCGUGGUUGCACAAGCUAGUGAUCAUGUAAAAAACCAUAGCGUUUUUAAAAAGUUCGUAAGUAAAAGAACUCGAAGUAAAAGGUCAGAUCUAACGAACGAAACUAGUACAAGUGAUGUUAAAGAUAUUGAAUCGCCUAAUUCGAAAGAACGGGUAAAAUUGAAACCUGACGUUCAAUCCAAAGAUGAAUUAUAA